CUCUUGGCUCCGAAGUUUAUUUGAAUCUUAAAUUCGAUAUCUCUUACCAACGUAGUUUCAUCUGAACACCCCUUCCUUCUCUCUUUACGGCGGCGGAUCGGAAUUCAUUAUUGCCGACAUCAAGUGAGCCUUGUAGAGAGAGAGAGAGAGAGAGAGAGAGAGAGAGUCCGAGUGUUAAUUCUGUUAUCUCAGAGAUUUGUUUAAAAAAAACUAAAUCUGUUAUCUCAGAGAUUCCCCAGGUAACUUGUGCAUCUUUACAUUUUGUUUUUGCAAGGAAUCUACUCCUGUAUGAGAUAAUCUGAAAGGAUCAUCACACUGAACACCGAGCUGGCUGGACAUAUGGCUUCUUGAAUCAAGUGUGUGUGUGAGAGUAAGUUUCGCUGCAACUCCAAGAAGCAUGACUCCCCUCCAUAGAAAUAGUUUUAGGAUGAAAAGAGUAGCUCUUAGACGGAGGGCUAGGCAUAUCUCGGUUGUGCUUGUUGUUCUUGUUUGUGCAACCGUUGGCAUAUGGACAUGGGAUACAGCUCCAUCCUCUGCCUUUCUUCCACCCCAAAGUCGCUUUCUUAAGCUUCAAACAGAAGAAGAGGUAAGGAGAAUACCUAGUGGACUGAAUACAGAAACUAAAGGGAGCUACUCAUCAGCUACUCCCUUUGUAAACAAAGGUAAAGCCCAACGCACUACAGCAGCGCUUUUCAUACAUCUUGUCACUUCUCAAAUGUUUCUUUGCACCUUUUCGAGGGGAAUUUGCGGGUCGGUUAAGAAACUAAGUUUAGCAUUACUUUGUUUUUCCCUUUUCCCUGGCUUACUUAUGACAGCAGAAACCAAAGAGGAUUCAACUAUUGAACAAGUGGAACAUGAAGUUGUAAGUGAGCCAAAACAUGGGAAGACACCAACUAGCAGAGAAAAUAAAUUACAACAGGUGAAACGUGAGGUUGCUAUUAGAAAAGACCAAACUACAAAGACGACACAUAUUAAAGAGACUCAUUCAGAUCCAGAGAGGACUAAACAGUUCGUAGCCAAGAAAGAUGAUGUUAGUACUUCAACAGCUCGCUUCCCCAAUCAAGCUUGUAAUUACGCCAAAGGAAAAUGGGUUGUGGACAACCACCGUCCUUUGUAUUCAGGAUCUCAUUGCAAACAGUGGCUUGCUUCCAUGUGGGCGUGCAGGUUAAUGCAGCGUACAGACUUUGCCUUCGAAAGAUUAAGAUGGCAACCUAAAGAUUGCUCUAUGGAAGAAUUUGAAGGCUCCAAGUUCUUGACAAGGAUGAAGAACAGAACGUUAGCCUUUGUUGGAGACUCAUUAGGAAGACAGCAGUUUCAAUCAAUGAUGUGUAUGAUCACCGGAGGCAAAGAGAGGCCUGAUGUCCUUGACGUGGGACCAGAGUUUGGGUUCAUAACUCCCGAAGGUGGUGGUCGUCCUAAUGGCUGGGCUUAUAGAUUCCCAGAAACCAACACAACGGUCCUAUACCACUGGUCAUCGACCCUCUGCGACAUACAACCGCUCAACAUCUCUGACCCUUUAACUGAACACGCUAUGCAUCUCGACCGACCACCAGCGUUUCUACGCCAAUACCUUCAUAAGAUUAACGUGCUGGUGAUGAACACAGGCCACCACUGGAACAGAGGGAAGCUCAACGGCAACAGAUGGGUGAUGCAUGUGAACGGAGUUCCCAACGCUGACAAGAAGCUAGCCGCUCUUGGUAACGCCAAGAACUUCACGAUUCACAGCACGGUUAGUUGGGUUAGCUCGCAGCUCCCUCGCCAUCCGGGUCUCAAGGCGUUCUACAGAAGCCUUUCGCCGAGGCAUUUCGUGGGCGGGGAGUGGAACACAGGAGGGAGCUGUAAUAACACAACCCCAAUGUCCAUCGGGAAAGAAGUUUUGCAAGAGGAGUCUAGCGAUUACAGCGCGGGUCAUGCGGUGAAAGGCACAGGGGUUAAGCUUUUGGACAUAACAGCUUUGUCUCAUAUCAGAGACGAAGGUCACAUAUCACGGUUCAGUCUCUCGGCGUCAAAAGGAGUUCAGGAUUGUCUCCAUUGGUGCUUGCCUGGUGUUCCUGACACGUGGAAUGAAAUGCUUUUCGCAAUGAUAUAAGUUUUAUAAGUUGCAUUCUUUUUGUAUCAGGCAAACCAGCCUUUUGAUAGCUUUUAGAAGACACACAUUUGAGGUACUAAUGGCCUGAGGUGUAAGGUUUAGUAUUUAUUCUGGUACAGAAGCAAAGCUUAUUAUUGUCGUAAACCAUACAUGAGAUUGGUUCCGACCACAUGAGAUUGGUUCCGACCACAUUUACAGAACAGAAUCUAACUCAACUUUUGUCUUUUCAGUCUAUUAAUAGAUUUUUUUUUUCAGAA